AUGCCACAUAUCACACGAUCCAAAUUAAACACCAGAGAUCUAACACUCGAAGAAUGCAUACAAUAUGCUACAAAUUCCGCUAAAGAAGACUUAUCAUCAACACGCAACAAAAAAUCGUCUUCUGAAGAAAAAUUAGAGGAACAACUAAAUUCAGUACCUAGAACAUCAGAAGAUACACUCCAUCGCAAUACAUCGUCAAUUCUUUCAUCCCAAACAAAACAACAAUCACCUAUAUCAACUGACCCUGUCCUUGCACAUACUCCCGUAAUAUCAACGUCUACACUCACAGGUCGUAGUACAACUUCAUUAAACAUGGAUAACGUGGAACAAUUCAAAACGUUUGAAAAAGACCAAUUAGACACAAUCCUAAUACUUGAUCAUACCAGAACCGAUACAAUUCUACUAUGGCUUUCAUCUAUUGAACAAGUUUUUACCGAUUUGAGCUAUAAAGAACGAUUAUGGCCAUCUUUAUCAUACGAUUACCUGGAUUAUGAAUUACAAGACUGGUACAAUAAAUCUAUUUCCGCUUUUUCAAACGAUUGGACAAAAUUUAAAACACAACUUGGUUUAUACAUAAAUCAAGCUUCUGCUUUAUCAACACGUGCUGUAAAUUUUCAAUUAACGACAACUACAGAUCAUAAUAAAUCAGUUGAAACACAGCAAGAAUCUUCUUUUACAAAUGAUAUUAAAGCGGAAGAAGCUACACAGAAACAUGCAGAUCAACAGAAAACAAAUCAGAUUUUGAAAACUGUUGGUGCCUUUCCCAAGUUUCACGGGGGAACCGGUGCUGAGUCAUGGUUAAUAAAUAUUCUCAAACAGUUCAGGGAUUUAGAUAUUACCCAUGAAAUUAGAUUGUAUUAUGUAAAACAUAUUAUGGAAGAUCAAGCAUUAUCUUGGUAUUUUGAGCACGAAGACGAAUUUUCAAGUUUUGCUGCAUUCGUGAAACUCUUUCGUGCACAUUUCAUUAAAGCACCAGUUGUCACUACGCCUGUUUCUGCUUCUCACACGUCUUGCUUCUCUACCCUUCAAUCAAACACUACAUGUACAACUUCUGAACAAUUUGAAGGUAUAUUAUUACCAGCCCUUCUUGAAGAUUUUCUCAAAAAA